UUUCCCUCCCUGCUUUCUUUCUCAGACACCAAGUUGAAAACUUGCGUAGCACGAGAUCCGACAAGUCUGUUGCAUCUGAACAAUGCUCUACUUAUCUGGCAAUUAAGAAUGAACGUACCGGUGAAUAGCGAACUUGUGAAAAAUGUCGAACUGUAUUUGGGGGAUGUCACGUGUUACGAUUUUUCAAAAUUGUAUUGUUCCAUCAAGGGCCUCGAGUCUUAUUUGCUAAUAUUAUACCGGCGGCUCGAUAUUCCGCAAUCGUACGACCUCUUCGAACGAACGUAUUACGCGAAAAAGAUCAUCAAGUAUCUUCACAACAUGAGCUUCUAUUUCCCGUUCAUCAAACCGUUCAUAUAUUUCCUCGAAUCCUACAUGAGACUUCUCCGUGGCCGAAAAUCGACGUCGCAAGCUUGCAUGACGAGGGCGGAAAAAUACGCCAUCGCCCAAGGAACAAAAUGGUUGUCGCGUGGAUUGAACAGAACAAAAGGACUUGGGAAGUGGAUUUCUUUAACAACAUGGCGGAGUAUUGGGUGGAAUUCGUGGCAACCUCGGAAGGUAUUCUAUGGCAAGAGAUCCAUUUGCUCAAGCCGAUCGCUUGGUCCACUAUAUUGUACCCGUAUCCACAUCCCAGGUAUAAUUAUUGACCGAUCUUUCGAUUCUUGUCCCGCGAUAAUCGCGAGGAAGAGGAAGAGGAUAACGGUGAAAUGAGAAGACAAGGGAUUGUAGCGAAAUAUUUAUUGAUUUAAGGAAGGCGUAUUACAGUUUCAGGUUACUAAAAAAAAAAAAAAACAUAUACACGACGAUCCCCUCGCGUGUACACGAUAAUUCGUUUAAAGCGAACACUCGUUGUCUCAAGGUUCGUUUCUCUCGUCCUCCGCGCGUACCUUGAACCUCCAGAUCGAUUUUAGGAAACCUCUCUCGCGACCGACGAUACCAGUUUUGCGUUUACGUUUCUACAUCCACGAUAUUUACUUUGUAAUUAAUUAAUUCGUCUAUCGGCCGAGUACGCCAAGGAUUCCAGCUGAACGGGAUCGAGGAGAGAAAGUAGAAAAAAGAAAAAAAAAGGGGGGAAGAAGAAUAGAAAAGAAAGGAGCACGCGGAAGAAGAAGAUAAUCACGAAUAAUUGGUCCGAUUUGAGCAUAAAGUAUCGACCAAUUUCUCGAGUUCCACGAGUUGUACUAGCACAAUCCUGUCAAUCUCGCAUCACAUUGAUAGAAAUAG